AUGCCACCACGGAUACAAACUCAACGGGUUUCCAACUCUGUCCUCCCCUACCUCUCUCCUAACACCUCCACAUUUGUCUCAUCUUCCUCUUCUUCUUCCUGCACAUCUCUCCCAUCCUCCACAUCAUGUCCCCGCCGCACCUUCUCCUCCACACCAGCCGCCCAAACACGGCUCCGCAGCCACAUGUUCGAAUGGCUAAACAGCGAAGGGCGAAAGCUGCAAUACCACGAACCAAACGUCUACAAAUACGUGACGAACCUGAAAGACCUGGGCAAAGACUCUAUGGGGCCGGAGCAGUUGUCGAAGAGGCCGUUUCCGCUGAAUCAGAACUUUGUCAGCGAGCCGAUUCUGAGUGAGGAGAUGCGCGCAGAGAUUUAUAAGAGGGUUACGCAGGAUAAGAAGAGUGUGAGGGCGGUUAGUAUUGAGUUGAAGGUUGAUAUGAGGAGGGUUGCAGCUGUGGUUAGGUUGAUGGAGAUGGAGAAGGCUUGGAGGUCACAGGGGAAACCACUAGCCCUCCCCUACGCUCGGGCCAUCCAAGAAAUGGUCCCAACAACCCGCUACUCCUCCGACCCCCGCGACCAAAGACCCCACGAAUCCAUCAAUGACCUCCCCGUUCACCGCCUGACGGACCCCCAAAUCUUCUACCCCGUCUCCGAAUCCCGCCAAUUCACUCGCGUCGACGCCGGCCGCGUCUUCUCCGGCGCCCCGCGCCUCCCCAACUCCACCGUCGAAGAGAUCGCCAAUGACCCCUCCACCGCUAUCUCCAAGGCCACCCAGAAACCCCACCUCAUCGAACGCGUCGGCAAAGGCGAGCAGGAGACACAGGUCCUGCAGCCCGCCGACGCCCGUAUCCCGCACCCGUACCUUGUCGCGCACGAGCGCGACAGCAUCAACAAGCCCAACGAGCGGAACGAAAACAUCAAACGCUUUGCCUCCCGGCUACAAGAGGAAGAGCGCGUCGGGGCAGAGCGCAAGCAAGCUGCCGAGCAACGCCGCGAGAAUAGGACUCAGAAGGUUAACCCGGAGGACUCGCGGUUCGAGUUUCGUUUCACGGACGUUGUCGUUAGUAAGGAGACUACUGGCGCUGAUGGGCGUGGAUACAAGGCUCCUGGAAGGCGGUAUGGUGUGCCCAGUUAUGAGCGGAAGAAGGGGCAGGUUAAGAUUCCCACGAGGGUUAAUGUUUAG